CAUUAGCUACCAGUGCAUGCAUGUGUCAAUUUGAGGGCCUACUGCUCUCCUCCAGACUUGGACUUCAACCAGCCCUCACUACAACUUUAAGAAAUAAAUUACUUGUUUUUUCUUUCCUGCAGGAAAUCACAUGGAGGUGCUCUUGUGCUCACAUGACAGUCUGAGCCAUGGCAGGAGAGAUCACUGAAGGCUCAGUUCCUGCCUAUUACAGGGAAGUAUAUGAGGCCAUCUGCUCUAGGACAGAUGAGCGAGUGCAGGUUGAAGUUUUUCAACGGCUGCUCCAAAGGACUGAUCUCUCCAAGGCGGUCUUAGGCCAGAUUGCUGAGCAUGUUGACUCCACAGAUGGAUUCCUGAGCAAGUUGUCAGUCUAUAAAGCGCUCGCUUUGAUUGCUCUUGCGCAGCAAGGAAAGCAACCAAGCCCCAAACUCUUGGAGAACUGCAUACAAGAGUUACCAAAACCUCAGCUCGGGGAGCCGAGGGACUUGAGUGCACUGAGGAUGCAGCCAGCUCAGGAGGACGUACUGACGGUGUCCCAGACGCUGGACAAACUGCUGGCCAGAGACAUAGUCCAGGUGGAGCUCAUACCUGAGAAGAAGGGCUUGUUCCUCAAACAUGUGGAGUACCAGGUCACCAGCCAGCGUUAUAAGAUAUCAGUGUACCGGCGCUAUAGUGAUUUUGAUGUCUUCCAUGAGGUUUUGCUUCAGAGAUUUGCCUACAGAGUGGUGCCGGCACUGCCGCCUAAAAGGAUGUUAAAGGGAGUCCUGACCUCCGUGUCUGAGCGUGAGUUCAUUGAGGGGAGGAGACGUGCUCUUGGCAGAUUCAUUAACUUGGUGGCACGGCAUCCCUUCUUCUCAGAGGACGAGCUGGUCAAGACCUUCCUCACCUUCAGUGGCUCCGAUGUUCAGACUAAGCUGCGUGACACUUACAAGAAAACGGGCGAUGAGUUCAUGACAAACAGAAUUGCAACCCUUGCAAAGGAAUAUCUCCCCCCUGACAUUCAGUCUCAGUUCUCGACGAGCAGAGAGCUGAUUAGAAAUAUUCACAACAGCUUCCACAAGCUGCGGGACAGAGCUGAGAAAAUGGCGGAGCGCUCAAAGGAGAAUGCAACUGAUCUUCUCAUGUUUGGCAGAGAGCUCAGUACGCUGGGCUCAGAUGCUUCGUCUCUUCCCUCCUUGGCCUCUUCACAAAGCACCUGGGGGACCCUGCGUCAGUCUCUGAAGAGUCUGUCUGUGGAGUUUGCUGUGCUAUCCGACAAAGCGGCUCAGCAGGGCAGACGGGAAGAGGACGAUGUUGUGGAAAAACUAAAUCUUUUCCUGGAUUUGCUGCAGUCGUACAGAGAUCUCUGUGAGCGGCAUGAGAAGGGUGUGCUCCACGAGCACCAGAGGGCUCUGCACAAGUAUGGCAUGAUGAAGAGGCAGAUGAUGAGCGCCACAGUGCAGCCCAAAGAGCAGGCAUCUGUGGAGCAGCUGGAAUCACGAAUUGUUCAGCAAGAAAACGCCAUUCAAACCAUGGAGCUGCGCAACUACUUCUCCCUGUUCUGCCUUUAUCAAGAGACACAGCUUAUCUUCAUCUACCUUCCAAUCACAUCGCACAUUCUCGGGGCUUUUGUUAACUCCCAGGUCCAAGGACACAGAGAGAUGGGAGAGGUAUGGAAUGAACUCCAGCCAAAGCUUGGAUGUCUCUUUGGUGGUGGGAACGGAUUGAAACCCCCCAUCUGAAACCUAACUACGCGAGGUGGAGGGACAGAAACACAGCCAUGGGGAGGAUCACAAACUGGAAAAUAACUUGCUCUGUGACCUAUGGAAAAAUGUAGAAUGCACAGCUUUUUUUCCUUCUACAAAGUUAAUUACACAAUAUGUUUCCAUUCAAUAAGAGUAUUUUUUUAAAGUAAAUGGAUUCUCAACGUCUCGACUUAUUUUGGGUUUGAUCAUCAACCAUAUAACUGGAAAAGACUGUGGGCUCAUAAAUCUGUUAUUUCAUGCUCUGCUCGAUGAGGAACUAAUGUCCAUUUCCAAAUCAAGGAAGGAAAAUCCUCUAAAUAUUAUUUUACAAGGGACCAGUCAGACGUGAGGGAUGACAGUAUAUUCAUACAUUCCAACUCAUUUCCUAAAGCACCUGUUUAUAACUUUACCUUGCAAGAAGUUUAUACGCUAAGAUAGUUGAGAAAAAUUGUGAGGGACAGAAAAGUUUUACUUUAUUGAAGGAUGGGAUCAUUUUAAAUCUCCAGUCAUGAAGGUUUUUGGUUUUAAUUACUGAAUAAAGUUAGACCAAUGUAUUUUGAUACAUUUUAGUUUAUAAGAAUAUGUAGCAGCACACUUUACAUUUUUUAUAGACACUUGUGCUAUAUCUUUUACUGCUAUAGUGUUUACUUUUAUGUAGGGCAACAUAUUUGCUUUCUGUGCGUAAGCUGUUUGCAGGACUCCCAGUUUUGUUUUAUAAGCUAUUUUGAAAGGCCUACACUUAAGUGUACAAUACUAUGAAGGGCAGAUAUUUGACAUGUGUUGAUAAAGACCUCUGGCACAAGUGGCAUAAUGUGAACAUAACACUAUAAUCUAUUGAGUUAUUACCAAAGAUAUGUGCUAUACAUUCACUAUAUCACAGCGGUGCAAUAAAUCGUGUAACAUGA